UGCCUCACUGAUUCACUUAAACCUUAAUUGCUCGGACCUCGCAGUCUCUCCCUCUCCCUCGCUUCCACUCACUCACAGACACACCUGAGAUGAGCUCCCUCUGAGAAUCAGCUGCCCUGGUUGGCCCCUCCUUCAUCGGACAGGACCAACACAUUAAAUGGGUUAAGUCUGCCACCGGGAGCAGGAGGAGAAUCUUUCCGUUCAAUCCGCUGCAUGGAUGAUCUCAGCUCCGAGCUCUCUCUCUUCUGAUUCAACAGUGUAGUCUGAAUUUUAAUCGUGAUUCGUUGUAUUUGUAGAAGAAGAAGGACCACCAGCAGCAGCAGCAACAACAGGAGGAGCAGGAGAAGGAGAAGGAGCAGCGCAUCUCAGACACAGACCCGUGGGCGGCUGCGGGUGCAUCCGUCUGGGCAACAAACUGCCUUAUCCCAACAACCCCACAUCAACAUAUGGCGUGGAGAAGUGGGGUUUAAAAAAAAAAUAGAAUCAGAUUAAUUCAUUCUGGUGUGGGAAAAAUUUCCCACCAGCAUUUUCACCUAACCAGUUGAUAUUUUCUAAACAAGUAUCUGAAACAAGUGGGGGUGCACAUGACACACCGGCAAAUUCCCGAAGCCAGGUCCAGCACUAAGACUGAAUGAGUCCAUCUUGGGCUGUGGGACGGUCUCCUUCAGAGGACAGGACGGAUGCAAACGGACUAAACACAUCUCGGCAGUUGAAACCAGCCUCAGCCUCUCUGCCACCGGUGCACCAACGGAACGGGAAGGGACUCUGACUCCGGGGGACCAGUUUCUUUGGCAGGGAAAAGAUGCCAUUCCACCAUGUGCGGGCAGGCCUGCUCUACCCGGACAACUACCUGAGCAGCUCCCUGACUGAGGGCAGCGAAGCCUUCCAGCUCACCAGCCUCUCCACUGAGGAGCUGGGAGAAAUCCGUGAGGCAUUUCGAGUUUUGGACCGAGAUGGGAAUGGCUUCAUCUCCAAGCAGGAGCUGGGCAUGGCCAUGCGCUCCCUGGGUUACAUGCCCAGUGAAGUGGAGCUGGCCAUCAUUAUGCAGAGACUGGACAUGGAUGGGGACGGCCAGGUGGACUUUGAGGAGUUCAUGACGAUACUGGGGCCUAAACUGCUGUCGUCCGACAACAGAGAAGGAUUCCUGGGCAACACCAUCGACAACAUCUUCUGGCAGUUUGACAUGCAGCAGCUGUCUCUGGAUGAGCUCAAGCAGGUGCUGUUUCACGCCUUCCGGGACCACCUGACGAUGAAGGACAUAGAGAACAUCAUCAUCACUGAGGAGGAAAGCCUCAACGAAACCUCAGGGAACUGCCCUGAGUACGAAGGAGUUCAUCCCAAGAAGAAGAAUCGUCAGACGUGUGUCAGGAAAAGCCUAAUCUGCGCCUUCGCGAUGGCUUUUAUCAUCAGUGUCAUGCUUAUUGCAGCCAAUCAGAUGCUGCGGAAUGGCAUGGAGUGAAACCAGUUGCACUGUGAGCAUGGGGAGUGGGACAGAAACAGCCAUGACCUCACAUUUUCUCUUUGUGGCCAAAGCUGGACCAGCCACAACCCGAGCACUUCUUAAAACAAUCGGUUGAGCUAUUUCUGUUUGUUUUCAUGUGAAUUAUUCUUAGAAAAUGACGAAUGAAAUGUGGAGAGGUUAACUUGUUUUGCAAUGAAGAUGUCACCAGGUAAAGCCACUUGAAUUUUAAUUGCAAAACAGUUCUGGUUUUCUAUAAAUUGUGACACUAAACAGGAAUUACUUUGCUGUUUUUAAGACCAAAACCACCCUUUAAACUUGAUGUUGUAAUUACAAGAAAUGCUUAUAAGUCAAAAGACAAACAAUGAAUAUAUCAAACAAAUGCAUAUUUACCCAAGAAAAUGUGCAGGGAAUGUGAGCUUUACUGGCCACAGGACUUAAAUGCAUACAAGUUUUCUCACAUCUCAUGUAGCCAUGUAUGAACUUCAUAUUUAGCGGGAAGCAUUUGCAUCCUCAGCUCAGUUUGCUAUCUGUGCUGCUGUGUCAAAUCUUUAUGUGUACCUAGUGGAAGCACAACUCAAAUCUCAGAGAGGGACCACUUGAUUUUGCAUCACAUCUGAGUAAUGAUUGACUGAUCAUAUGAAAUUUUUGUGGUGUAGAAAAGACAGUGUAUAUAGAUAAAUUGCAGAGGCUUCCAGAGAUGUGAAACAAUAGCCCAGACUGAAUUCAGCCAUCAUCAGGUAUGUGUUUGUGAGGAAAAUGCCUCAUUUCAUAUUAAUACUGCUCAUCUGUAGAAACCCCUAAAAGGAUGCAAGUAUGUAUACUUGUUCCCCAUAGAUAUCACUGUAUAUACUGGUACUUAGCCUAUGUAAUAUAUUACUUCUCUCAACAGCAGAAAGCAUGAAAGAAGAAAAAUUAUUAAGCUUUAAUGUACACUCACUGGCCAUUUUAUUAGAUACGCCUGUUAACACAAACAGCGAUCCAGUCAAUAUUACGGCAGCAACUAAUUUCAUUUUGGUGACCUGGCAGGAUUGUUGGUGCCAGACAAGCUGGUCUGAGUACUUCAGACACUGCUGAUCUAUUGGGAAUUUCAUGCACAACCAUCUCUCAGGUUCACAGAGAAUGACCUAAAAAAAAAGUAUCCACUGAGCAGCAGGUCUGUGGACAAAAAUGCCUUUUUGACGUCAGAGGAGAAUGGGCAGACUGGUCUGAGAUCAUAGAAAGGCAAGUGUAGUUCAAAUAACCACUCGUUAAAACCAAGGUAUGGAGAAUAACUAAUCUGAACGCAUACAGGAAACUGAGGCUACAGUUUUCACAGAUUCACCAAAGUGGGACAGUAACAUAUUGAAAAAGCAUGGCCUGGUCAAAAGACUUUCAAUAUAAGUUACAAUAUUCAGAUUUCAGUAACAGAAUUUGGUGUUAAUAACAUGAAAACAUAGCUCCAUACUGCCUUUCAUUAAAAGGUUCAGGCUGCUGAUGGUGGUGGUGAUGGCUACUUCCUGCAGGAUAAUGUUUCACGUGACGAAGCUAAAAUCUUCUCAAAUUGACAAUGAGUUACUUGUACUCCAAUGGCCUUCACAGUCCUCCAGAUGUCAGUUCAACAGAGCACCUUUGAGAUUUGGUGGAAUGGGAGGUUCCCGUCAUGGAUGUACAGCAGACAAAUCUAAAUCAACCAUGUGAUGCUAUGUCAAGAUGGACCAGAAUCUCUGAGAAACGUUUUUGACUCCAUGUUGAAUCUAUGUCAUGGAGAAUCAAGGCAGUUCUGAAGCUAAAAGAAGGUUCAACCCACAACUAGCGAGGUGUACCUAAUAAAGUGGAUGGUGAGGUAAGUUCUUGGAAAAGGUUUCCCUCUAGUGGUCAAAAGGAGAACUAAUGCCUAAUCUGGGCCGUUGGACGUGUUUUGUCAUUGUUGGAAGGAUUUUGUUUCGUAUAUGUAAAGAAUAUCUUUAGCCUAAACUUUACUGCUCAGGACUGAAUGGAAGACUGUAAUAUUUUGUGAGACUCAAAGCACAGUGUAUUUUAUGUUUUAGAUCUUAAAAGCUGUGCAGUUUUACAAGGCUUACAUGGCUGAAUGGUCUGAAAAUGAAUCUUGAAACAGUUCAAAACCACACAAGAACACAUCACUGGCACAAAAGAUUAAAUUUAAGGAUGAAAUCGACCCAGUGAUACUGACAUCUGUCAUUGUUUAUCUGCUUCAGAUUACAUCUCCAAGUUAGGUUUUCAGAAGCAGAUAUAAAGAAUAGGUGGGGCUUAGAGUCCCACCUAUUCUUUAUAUCUAUGUAUAUAUGUAAUUUAGAGUCAGUUUUUUUCAUUUAACAUAAAAGUCACUAUUAUUCCUACUUAGAGCAGCAUUGCCCAAAUAAGAGUGAUGGAUAGCACUACUUUAACUUCAACACCAUGACUCUAUGCUUGUUGCAUCUGGGAACUUUUACAAAAGCCAAAUUUGUCUUUCUUGUAAGCAAAGGUGGAGUGUGGUAGCCUUCUUUCAGCCAGCUGAUGACCAGUGUGCAGCACCAGUAAAGGAACAGUGCUUCUACUCUAUGCUUCAUCCAGUGAAAAUUCUGGUCAGUCUGGAGCUUUCUCUGCCAGCUCACUAACCGCAGGAACGGUACAACAGAGAAUUUUUGCGCUUUUGAAACCAUACCUUUGAAAAAUUAUGAUAUACCCUGGUACUGGUAACCAGCCAAUGUGUAGUCAUUAAAUUCAUUUUUUAUGUGAUAAUUAUGUGAAAUUAGUGUAUAUUGUAUCGUAAAAGUCAUUUCAGCUAUAUUGUCCAGCCCUGUGAAAAUCUAGCUCUGUGUUUGUUCAUUGCUCCAUACUUUGACUUCAUAACAUUCAUGUACAGCUGAAACCAGAUAUUUACAUACACUAUGUAAAAAGACUCAUUACCACUGUUCUCACCAUCUGACAAUAAAUAUAAUAAAAAUUCACCUCUUAGGUUAUUUAGAAUUACCUAAAUCAUUUCUAUUUGUUAAAGGGCAAAAUAAAAUGACUUUUUUAUACAUUUCCUGAGUAUUUGGUAGAAUUGUGUUUUAAGCAACAAAUAUAAUGUUGGUCAUUAUGGUGAAGCACUUUGUUUAUCAGAAUUCAGGACAUGUCCACAGAAUUUAAGGUCUUUGUCCCUGUGUACAUUUGCAAACUGUAAUCUGGCUUUUUAUAUUGCUUUUGGAGUAAUUGCUUCUUCCUCUCUGAAUGGCUUUUCAGUCCAUGUCAGUAUAGGACUCGUUUUACAGUGAAUAAUGAUGUUAUCUUGCCAGCUUCAGCAAGUAUCUUCAUAAGGUCCUUUACUUUAGUUAUGUGGUUAAUAUGCACAUUUCACAGCAAAACUGUGGGAUACAGAACACAUCUCUUUCCUGCACGAUAUGACAGCUGGACAUUCCUAUGCUGUUUAUUCUUGCAAAUUAUCAUUUAAAAAGACAAACAUUGUAUAUUCAAACAUCUGGCAAUUACACCAAGGAUAAACCUGACUUGCAGAUUUUCCUUUUCUGAUAUCUUGCUUGAUAUUUUUAAUUUUUUUAUGAUGUCACACAAGUAGGCAAUUUGUUUGAGGUGUUGUGUUAAAAUAUAUUCACAGUUGUGCCUCCAAUUAACUCAGAUGUUGUGAGUUAAUCAGAGGCUUACAAAACCAUGAAAUUAUCAUCUGAGCUUCUCCAAAUUCCGCAAAGGCAUAGUAAUAUUAAUGUAUGUAAAUUUCUGGAUGAAAAAACUAGCAUUUUUCGGGCAUUGAAACAGAUGUCUAGUCUCAUUAAAUGUCACACAGUGAGAAAAACUCAUUUGAAUCUGUUUAUUUAGUGUAUGUAAAUAUCUGGCUUCACCUCUAUGUGGAUUCUCAUUCUCCAACUACGCGGUGCUCUCUUUCAAACAACGUUGGACUGGAGACUGAUUGUUCCCUUUGGACAAAUCUUUAACUUUCUGGGUUUUUUGGUCUGUUGCCCAUGUGGAUAAAAACUAAGGCAGAACUUUUAAUCAAACUGGUGUGUAUCCAUGUCAGUUUACGGUACAACUUUGGGAAAACAAAAAAAAAUGCAAGAAGCCAGUAUCACACCUAAAUUGUAUAAUACUGUAAAUCACUGUGCAUGUUGUUGUUAUGUCGUUAAAGAAAGGGAAUCCAGUUACACUAUCUUGUUGGUUUAAAAGUAAUUAUGUAUGUAUUACUGUCACAUAUUUGACUUUCCUAUUUAUACUGUUAUAGCCAUUUUUAUAGUUUCUACCAGCUAUUAAUCAAAUCAGAGAGUAGAAGAGGGCAUUUUCAUAAAUAUGCAAAUACAAGGUCACACCAACAUAAUCUACAUUUUGCAUUAUCUCUAGAAGAGUCUGUCGGUCUCACUGUGGAUGGUUCUGUACACUGAACCCAACAUGUUCUGUACUUUAAUCACGUCAGAGUUUAAUACAAUGUCCACAUCCUCUCACAGUCCUCUACAAACCUCUGUAUAAUGCAUUCUACGCUUAUCCUUGUAUGUCAAUUUGUCGUUAAAAUUCCCAGCACACUGACAUUUGACCAAUGAACCUAAUGUUUUCCUUUGUCUGUCAGCACUAUGGACUGUUUGAAACCAGCAUUACUCACUUUAUCCCAACAGUUUCUCUAAAAACAAUGUUUCAUUUUAAUAUCAUUGCAUGACUAUGUAAGAAAAAACCUUCUAAGGUUCACAUUAUUGUACCAGUGCUUCUGUAACAGGACAAGGACCUGUUUGGUUUUCAUGUUUUUGAAAUUUGUUUUUACCAAAACAUGUUUUUACUAGUUGUAUAUUGUACAGAGAUAAAACUAAACACAGAUAUGUAAUAAAACCUCAGCAUGCUGCUUAGAAAAGGAGAAAGAAAACAGCAAUAGUUGUGAAGGGAUAUAUAAAAUGCAAAGUUUAAUCUGAUUAAUCUAAAAAUAUAUCUAUAUAUGUUUAUGCAAUAAAACCUUGUUUUGAUAGAAACUGA